AGGGUGAGAAGGAGGAGGAGGAGGGCGAGGAGAAAGGGAAGGGUAAGGGUACUGCUAAGGGUGCUGCUAAGGGGAAGAAGGAUGUGAAGAAAGAUACCAAGAAGGAAGAUGGGGAUAAGAAAGACCAGCAAGAGGAUGAGGAGCAGAAUGACGGGGAGAAUGAAGACGAGGAGUUAGAUGAGGAUGAUGAGGAGUACCAGGAAGACGAAGGGGAAGGAGAAGACGAAGACGAGGAAGAAGAAGAAGAAGAAGAAGAAGAAGGAGUGGAGCAGCAGGUGGGCGAUGAUGAGGAAGCGGAAGGCGAUGCCCCCGACAAAAAGAAGCAAAAGACGAAGUAA